GGAAGGAAACGGCGGAAGGGCGAUGGAUGCGGCUGGAUGAAGUUGGAUAAUGCUUACUGAUGCGCGCCCCUGUGGCUUUGUUUUCGGUCUGUCUUUGUAGAUCAAGAAAUGGGUCGCCGUCCCGCUCGCUGCUACCGCUACUGUAAGAACAAACCGUACCCCAAGUCGCGGUACAACCGUGGUGUGCCCGACUCGAAGAUUCGCAUCUUCGAUCUCGGUCGCAAGCGCGCUUCCGUCGACGAAUUCCCCUUCUGCUGCCAUCUCGUCUCGGACGAGUAUGAGCAGCUCUCCAGCGAGGCGCUCGAGGCGGCCCGUAUUUGCGCCAACAAAUACGUGACGAAGACUGCCGGAAAGGAUGCGUUCCACAUGAGGGUCCGCGUGCACCCCUUCCACGUCAUCCGUAUCAACAAGAUGUUGUCAUGUGCUGGAGCCGAUAGGCUUCAGACAGGCAUGCGUGGUGCUUGGGGCAAGCCUUAUGGCACUGUCGCCCGUGUCAACAUUGGCCAGAUCAUUCUUUCGAUCCGUUGCAAGGACUCGAACGCACCGGUCAUACAGGAGGCCCUGCGCCGCGCUCGGUACAAGUUCCCCGGCCGCCAGAAGAUUAUUGUUUCGCGCAAGUGGGGAUUCACGAACGUCAACCGUGAGGACUAUCCUAAACUGAAGGAGGACAAGUUGGUGGUCCAGGAUGGUGCUUACGUGCAGUUCAUUCGUCCUCGGGGCCCCCUAGAGGCGAACCUCCGGGCGCAGCUCCGGGCGUGAUUUCAGAUUUUGUAUCCGUAUCGUGAGGUCGUAUGCACUUGGACUUGUACCGCGUGAACUGCGUGAGGGUAUGGAGAGCGUGACGAGCCAUGCCUCUAAUUCACUACAUCAUCCGAUUUCGAUGGACGAUGGUUAGGGGAAACGGGGCAAAGAUUAACGAUUGUUGUGCUGAUGCCAGUAUGGCGUGUCGUCUGUCUUUGUUGUAGUUCAGGCGUAGUUAUAUGCAACGACGACAUUUUUGAUGCGAUGAUG